UACUCAGAAAGCCAGUAUCACUUCCCUACAUCCCGUGUAGCACCACAUCACAUGCAAAUGGAUUCUGAAAGAGGAAAUCAAAUCAAGCAGGAUCGAAUAGAUGACAAUAGAGGUCUGGGAUGCUGUGGGUGGAUCAUUGUGAUAAUAUCUGCUAUUUUCGCCAUCUUUCUAUUUCCAGUCAGCAUUUUCAUAAGCAUCAAGAUUGUAAAGGAGUAUGAACGUGCUGUCAUAUUUAGACUGGGACGGAUAACAGCCCGAAAAGCUAAAGGACCAGGAAUCUUCUUCAUCAUUCCCUGCACGGACUCCUUCAUCAAAGUUGAUCUGAGAACUGUUUCAUUUGACAUUCCUCCCCAAGAGAUCUUGACCAAAGACUCCGUGACGGUCUCUGUUGAUGGUGUCGUGUACUUCCGUGUAAGCGACCCGAUUGCAUCUGUGGCAAACGUUAGCAAUGCCGAUUAUUCCACUCGUCUUUUGGCCCAGACCACGUUGAGGAAUGUACUGGGCACCAAGAACCUAUCCGAGGUGCUGUCUGACCGAGAAAGCAUCUCUCAUAGUAUGCAGGCGACUCUAGAUGAGGCCACAGACUCGUGGGGUAUUAAGGUGGAGCGAGUGGAGAUUAAAGAUGUCAAACUGCCACACCAGCUGCAGAGAGCCAUGGCCGCAGAGGCAGAAGCAACCCGUGAAGCCAGAGCAAAGGUGAUCGCAGCAGAGGGAGAGAUGAACGCAUCCAGGGCUCUGAAGGAGGCGUCUCUGGUGAUCUCAGAAUCUCCAUCUGGCCUUCAGUUGAGAUACCUUCAAACUCUGAGCACCAUCGCAGCCGAGAAGAACUCCACCAUCAUUUUCCCUCUGCCUAUGGACAUCAUAAGCCACUUUAUGCAUAAGAAGUGAUCGCAGGAUCGUUUUUACGGAUUUACACAGUUUACACAUUUACCAAAAUUUGUUUAAAAUAAUGUAUAUCCAAUUUUUUUAUAUUAUUUUUGAUGUACCAUGUUUUAUACAGUAUAUAUCAGUUUUGUAAAUGUUUAACGUAUGUCCAACAGGCUUAAGGAAACUUUACUAUAUAAAAACAAACAUUAUGUAAAAAAAUGAAAUAUGAUUCUGAACAUAACACGCCAAAUACAACAUUCAAAUGUUAAUGUUACAUUCUUGUUAAAGGCUUGUGUGCAAAAUCAAAUCAAAAUCUCUGACUUUUUUCAUUUACAUUUUUAAAUGUUUAAACAUGUCAGUUUUUGAAUUUCAAAUUCAACUGUGUGAAUAAGAAUUACUAUCAGAUAAGUUGUUGAAAUGUUCCCUGUUGCUGGGUUUGCUUAAUAGGACUAGUUGUUAGAAUCCCACUAUUUCAUCAUAGUUGAAUUUCCCAAAAGGACAGUUCCCACACCUUAUGCAUGACAGGGGAAGCAGUCAAGAAUAUGAAUAGAGGAAAGGAGGUCUGAGGUUUCACUGGGUUCAUCAGGAAGGCAUCCUCUGUGUUUGGGGGAUAAAUGAUUAUAGAAAUACACGGCAUACUUACCUUUCCUUGCUGUUAUCAGAGAGACAUCUCAUGGGUUGUGUGUCCCUCUUUCAUCACAUCCAUUAUCCUGAGUGAACGAUGCCUUUUGGUGAGGUGCUGCUGGUAAUGCCCUUUGUAUGGCUCCCAUUAAUGCGACACAUCCUCAGUUGUGCACCUCAGCCUCAUUGGGUGUUUUGGCCCUUUAUCUCAAGUCACCCUAAGCCAAGGGAGGCCCACCACAGGUUGAUCAGACCUGGGUAUGUGUCGCAUUAUUACAAGGUCAUCUGGCAGCCCAUGCUGUGUCCAUCCACCUCAACAACAGCCAUUGGCUUCUUCUUUCCAUACCAUUGGCUAGUUCUUGAAAGUUACCUAUUUGUCAGCUAUGGCGACCACUGCAUUUAACUUCAUUUUUUCACUUCAUUUUUUGUGAAAAAGGGCUUUUUAUGUGUUUAACAUACACAUUGUUCAGAAGAAGGGUGCUUGGGCUUAGGUUAUGGGAGAGCUCAUGAUGUGACUUGCUUUACUCAGUGAACCGUAAUGGCGGCAAUGCCAAAACUUAGGCAAAUCAGCUUGCUUGUACAUCAUAUACAUCAUAUGUUAACUAUAAUAAAUUUUAGCGAAGUUAAAAAUGAA